GCCAUGUCCGAGAUCGCCCCCGCUGCCGGCCCGGCCCCCGCCGCCAAGAAGCCGAAGAAGGCGGCAGGCGCUUCCAAAGCCCGCAAGCCCGCGGGGCCCAGCGUCACCGAGCUCAUCACCGAGGCCGUGUCCGCCUCCAAGGAGCGCAAGGGGCUCUCCCUCGCCGCGCUCAAGAAGGCGCUGGCCGCCGGCGGCUACGAUGUGGAGAAGAACAACAGCCGCAUCAAGCUGGGGCUCAAGAGCCUCGUCAGCAAAGGCACCCUGGUGCAGACCAAGGGCACCGGCGCCUCCGGUUCUUUCCGUCUCAACAAGAAGCCUGGAGAAGUAAAAGAAAAAGCUCCCAAGAAAAGGGCUCCCGCAGCUAAGCCCAAGAAGCCGGCGGCUAAGAAGCCCGCCAGCGCCGCCAAGAAGCCCAAGAAGGCGGUGACAGCGAAGAAGAGCCCCAAAAAAGCCAAGAAGCCGGCGGCCAUGAAAGCAGCCAGGAGCCCCCAAAAAGCGAUAAAAACUGCCAAGCCCAAAAAAGCGGUGGCAGCAGCAAAGAGCCCAGCGAAGGCAAAGGUGGUAAAGCUGAAAGCAGCAAAGCCGAAGGCGGCCAAGCCGAAAGCGGCGAAGGUAAAGAAAGCAGCCCCCAAGAAGAAAUAAGCCCUCCGUGGAAUAAAAGGUUCUUCUUCACACUUAAACCCAACGGCUCUUUUCAGAGCCACUCACCCUUUCUCAAA